GAGCUGAUGGAGGUGCCCGAGGCCCUGUGCCACCUUCCCCGUCUGGCUUACCUCUACCUGGGCCGCAACGGGCUGCAAGGGCUGCCGCCCGCCUUCUCCUGCCUCCAGAGCCUGCGCUGCCUCUGGCUGGAGGGUAACUUCCUCUCCCACUUCCCCCGGGCCCUCCUGCGCCUGCCCGACCUCCACAGCCUCCAGCUGGGUGACAACCGUCUGACUCGCCUGCCUGCUGGGCUGCCCAGCAUGGCCGGCCUGCGAGGGCUCUGGCUCUACGGGAAUCGUUUUGAGGAGUUUCCCCCCGUCCUGUUGCGUAUGGUUCAUCUCCGUGUCCUCGACCUGGACCGCAACCGCAUCGCUCGCUUUCCCGACCUGGUCUGCCUUUCUGCCCUGCGCCUCCUCUCCUACGACCAUAACCCCGUCCGGCAGCCACCCUCCAUCGGCGAUGCCGUUCGGCUGGUGGGUGACGGGGCACAGGAGUUUAUGGAGGCACGGCAGGAACGCCUGCAGAGCCUCCAGCACCAGGAGGAGGACGAGGAGGAGGAAGGGGAAAGCACCGAGGCCCCACCGGCAGCCCCCGGGGAUAGCUCACCACUGCUGGAAAAUGGAGAAGGCAGCUUUGUAGCUCUACCGGGCUCCCCGGAGGAAACAUGA